GCUCCCGCGCCUCGGGAGGCGGGGGCGGAAAUGGAGGGGUUCCGCGAGCGACCCCUCGCUGCCGACUUUGCCCCCGCGGGAGAGCGCGUUGGGCGGAGCCGGGGGCCGUGGCCGCCGGGGAGGUCGAGCCCCUCUGGGUCCGACUCCGAGCUGGAGCGGGGUGCCGGCGGCCCGCCGACCCGCCGGUGUUUGUGUGUCUGUGCCCACCCAGGGGGACAUGGAGAGCUGUCUGGUGGCCGCGGCGCUGAACGGGGUGGACCGACGCUCCCUGCAGCGCUCGGCUAGGCUGGCCCGGGAAGUGCUGGAGCGAGCCAGAAGGAGGGCCGUGGACUGGCGUUCGGUGGAGCUUCCCAAAGGCAGCGUGGGGGUUAUUUCGCGGGAGCUGCCCUGCCGGGAAACAGGGCUGGCAGCCGGCCCCCAGCGCCUUCUGCCGGGAGAGAGAGAAGAAAGACUCCCCACCCUCAGUGCUUCCUUCAGAACAAUGGCAGAAUUCAUGGACUAUACCUCAAGUCAGUGUGGGAAAUACUGUUCAUCGCUGCCCGAAGAAGGAGGGUCAGCUCACGCCUAUCGUUACCACAGAGGCAGGUCGGAGCUGCGCCUGGGCCCGGACCCCGGGAGUGGCCAGAGAAACCCCGCCUCCCUUGGUGUCAGAGGCAGCUGUCAGGCAUCGGAGUGUGUUCUGGGGGUGUCCCGGCCGGCCGAGCCUGUCUCUAAGGACCUCUACAUAGAAGUGUACCCAGGGACCUAUUCCGUCACUGUGGGCGCAGACGACCUGACCAGGAAGACCCACGUGGUAGCGGUCGAUUCGGGACAAAGUGUGGACUUGGUCUUCCCUGUGUGAAGCGGGCCGUUCCCCUUUUUGAAGGACCAAGAAGACUAAAGCCCUCGGAUGCUCUCUUAGUGUUUACCCGUGAACCCCGCGCCGGGCCGGCCUUCCGGGAGCUGGAGCUCAUCUCUCUCAGCGCCUGUUUUACCUCGAAAGUCCUUCACCCUCUUUUGCCCGAAAGCCGCAAAGUAAUGAUGCUUGUCUGAAGAGUUUUUACUGCUUGCUUUCCGAGUAAAGCCUAAUUACGAUAAUAAAGGGAGAGAUUUGAAGUGAA